AGUAAUAAUAUUGUUUACUUCCGGGUUUGACUCAACAUCAUACCACACUUUCGAAAUACAUGUAAUAAAUACUUUAUUGUAAAGGUGUAUCAAGAAUUUCUUGCUCGACAUCAUAAGAUAAGAAUAACAGUUGGAUGACAAGCUAUAUAUAGAGAGAUGGAAGCACCAGCUCAAGUUAGAUCUUCAGAUGGAAGGUCAGGUGGUGCAAGGUCAAGGUCACCAAGGACACAGCCAAGAAGACCACCACCUCCAAAUGCUGCAACUGGAAUACGGAGCGAACAUGAUAUUCAGCAGUGUCAUGAUGAUGCCUAUAAACUGAUAGAGUUAGGUCUGACAGCUGAUGAAGAAGGAAAACUAGAAGAUGCUAGAGCUUUUUACCAAAGUGGUUUACAGUCUGUAGCUAAAGUGUUGGACAUUAACUGUGAACAAAUCAUUGGAAAUGAAGAUGACAAAAAUCAAGCUAAAACUUUACAACAGAAGUUAAAUAAGACAAAAUUGCAAAUAGAAUAUAGGUUACAGGCUUUAAGAGCAUCAGAAAUAGCAACACCAUCUGCUCCAGAGGCUAUGAACGUUGAAGAACCUCCAAGUUAUGAAGAGUCAACAAGAUCCACACAAAAUGCUGACUUUGUAGAAUUAGGAAACAGUAUAAUGAGGGAAAAUUCUAUUUCUGACAACAGUUUAACAGCUAAUGCUGCUGAAAUUUUUUGUAUCCCUGAUGGGGUUCAGAUAUUUUAUAUUACACCAGAGGGUUAUGUUAGUGCUCCAUCGUACCCAACCAGUCUUAAAAUUUUCAAGUUUAUAGAACAGGAGCAAGGGGCUUCAAAUUCCGAAAGACCAGCAGCUUUCCUUCAAGUUGGUGAUUGGUUUUACCCCUUACAACCAGGGGCCUCACCUGCCCUACAAUCAAACUAUGGUGCCUACCUAUUUCCUGAUUGCUCGUCUCAAACUCCAGGGUCAGCAGUGGGCCUUAUGGUGCCAGACACUUUAGCACAAGCAGAUCGUGAACUAUUUGAAGAAUUCCUCAACUCCUUGACAGUAUUACAACAACAACAGCAACAGCAACAAGGAGAAAUACCCACAGCACCAUUGGAAACAAGGGAGGCUACUGGGGAAGUAAGACCAGAAGGGGAGGCAAGCUCUACAAGUACUAAAAUAUCUAAAGGAUUAAUUGUAGCUGCGGAAUAUAUCUCAUGGGGCGUGGGUAAGGGGGCGGAGAAAGCAGGACAGCUAAUGAAGCAUGGGUCAUCAAAAAUUAGGGAGAGACUGCACCCAGAGGAUAAACCAACGCACGUUGAUCCAAAAGUUCAGAAGGGGAUACAGUAUGCCAGGAAAGGAUCUCAUGUUGCAGUACAAGUUAGCUCUUUUAUUGUAACUAAACUUGGGGAGGCUACAAUGGCAUUAGCUAGAGAAGCAGCCCCACAUAUACGUAAGCAGGGUGAGAAGAUUUUACCUGCAUCAAUGAAAUCGUCAGGUGAUGGGAAAUCAAAGAUAGAUGGUGUGAUAGAGGUAGCGGCUUCAGGAUUAAAAGGAUUUGGAACAGUAUAUAUGAGUUUAGAAAUGGCAGCUAAAGCUUUAGGAAAGAACCUUGCCUGUGAGACAGUCGAAAUAGUUAGCCAUAAGUAUGGGGCUGAAGCUGGUAAAGCAACUGAAAAUGCAUUAUAUGCAACAGGUAACAUUGGAAUGACAGCUUACAAUGCCAACCAUCUUGGGGUCAAAGCUAUUGCAAAGAAAGCUGCAAAGGACACUGGGAAGGCAGUAUUGGAGGAUAUUGCAGAGAAAAAAAAAGCACCACAGAAACCUCCUCCCCCUGGGUCAGGGGCUUAUCCUUACCCCGGCGCAGGUCCAUCAGGAAGUGAGAAAAGAUGAUGAAAUAUAUAAACCUAACUAUUAUUGUUUGAAUAGUCUUAAUCUGUGAUACAGUUGAUAUAAAUAUAUACAGCAGAACUUUGGUAAGUCAAAAUUGAAGGGACUUUCGUAAAAACUUCGACACAUCAGAACUUGGACUCAUGAUUCUGUUGCAAUUUGAUGAAAAAAUGUUAACUCCCUGGCAUUUAGAAGGAAGUAAGAAAAGGCAAAACAAAAGGAAAUAACCAGCUUAUAGUAAAUAUUAUUAUCACACAUUUAGAUGCAUACAAAGGCUGUGAGAACACACAGCUGUGUUACAACACCUGUGACACAAGUUGAACGGAAAUCAUCUUCGGGACCAGAAAAGGUGUGAAAAAAGUCUCGAGAUUGAGGGUCUCAAAAUUAUUUGAAGGACUUUGACUUAUUUAUGGUAAAUUCUCGAUUUAUUCUAUACGGACAACGAAAAAAAAAUUGACGCAAUGAAAACUUUGACACAUAAAUUAUCAACUGAUAUAUAGGUUUUUAUUAAGAAUAUUUAGGAGGGAAAAUCGAUACUUUAAUUUUACUUCACACAUUUAUAAAAUUGACUAAUCAAAGUUCAACUCUGUUUACUCAUAGAAGUUCAACUGUAUGUAUAAUACAAUGUUGAUGAAUGUAGAAACGAGCUAUUAUGUUGUUUUAAACCAUCUUCUAUAAGCAAUGCUUACAGUAAACAAGCCAAAGCUAAUCACUUUAAUUUCCAGCAUAUUUAGGGUUAUGUAUCUCUGAAUGUUUAUGAAGCAAUGUAAGUAUCUAAUAUAAAUAAGCAUAUAUGUAUGCAUAUAAUGUUUAUUCAUUGGAAAUUUGUGUGUGGAAAAAAUAAUGAAGGUUUGAUUUAUGUAUCAUGUUUACAAUUGACAAUAUUUCUCCUUUUUUAUAAACAUAUUUGCUAAGUUAAUCAGUGAAUGGGGGUUCACCAGACCAGUAUGUUUGUAUUAUGUCCAUUAUGUAUUAUAAUUUAUUAUUAUCAUAAAAAGGUUUUAUUUAUUUGAUUAUUCAUUAGACUUUUCCAUUUUCAUUCAUCUUUGUCAUUAUGUCUAUUAUAGGAAAUCACGCAAGUUCUUUGUCAUGCGUUUCAAUAUCCUUACCUAUUUAAAUUUAUUACAUUGACAUUCCAUUAAUUGACUUACAGUAUAUUUCUUAACACAAUUUUCAUACUACAUUGUAUAUAUGAAAAUGUGUAUUUUUCAUAAAUAUCUUGAUUAAUUGCACUAAAUAACAGUUGGCCCUCUUGGUUAGGUAUGGUCAUUACUUUUGUGUUAGUAUUAACAAUUUAACAUGUUAGAGUCUGUGGCAUGGUCUGAGUGAAUUUGUGAUGUUUUGGUGUAAAACAGUAUUUCUUUAAUCAAUUUGUCUGCACUUAUACUCUACAAAAUGUCUACACCUGGUCAAGUUUCUUACAUGUCACAUUCAGAUAAGGUAAAUAAAUGGCCCUUUCAACAUAUAAUCAGGCAAAUUUUUUACUGAAAUGUCUUAUUAAGAUUGCCCCGAAUUCAUACCUUUGUCUACAGUAAGACUAUCGUGUUUCUAUAAAAUGUGUGAACAAAAAAGUGGGAAAAUGAUGCAAUUAGCUAAAAAUAAUGGAGUUAAUGAAAAAUGCACAUUCUUUUUAAAUAUAUGGAAAAUGUGAGAAAAAUAUAUUUGAGCUAAUUAAUUGAUACAAAUUUGUUAUUUGAUGAAAGUUAUUCAGUAAAAUUCUUAUUAAUUUGCUCCUUUGAAAAACAGGUCACUGUUUUAUAUUUCUGUGGAUCAAUUUAGGUCUACAGAUGGAGGGGUCCAUUUACAAUGACUUUUCAAGCAAAAAAAAGUAAUCAUUGUAUUCUUAAUAUCUAGGAUUGUUAAUGCAGUUCAUUCCUGUCAAAUGAAAGAAAAUACUGGUUUGCUUACUUUUUCUAGAAAAUAUAAAGUUUAAAACAGUCAGCAGUUUAUAACAGACAUUUUUCGUAGAGUUAAAAGGAUAUCAAAAAGGUUACUGUAAUCAUUUGUCUCUGAGUGCCUAAUGUGUACUAUCUAUGUUAAUAAUGUAAUAAAUUUGAUUGUAUCCUCACAUUUAGAAACCCCUGACCUCGCCAAAUUAAUUAAUUUUUUACAUCAGCAUUGUUUUUAAGUUGAAACUCUGCCAUACGUAGAUAUUUUACAUUUCCGAGUGCAAACCACACCUCUAACUCCUCCUUAAUAUAAUGCAUUAUUGAAAUUAGUUAGACUGGUUAGAUGACUAAUUAAGUAAAUUUUAUUUAAUAAGUACAAAUUAACCAAAGUUAGACUUUGAAAUUUGAAAAAUACUGCAAUGUGAUUGGACAAAAAAUAAUGUGGAUCAUUAAUAUAUUUUAAAUGAUUCGCACUUACUAUAAUUGUGAUUACCAACAAUUGAUAUUGGAAAAUGUUUAGUAUAAAAUAAAAAUAUUAAGGAAUUUAUUCUUUACCAAUCAAAACAUUAUCAGGGAUAUAAAAUUAUUUGAUUAAGAGUGUUGUUUGUAUGUACAUGUAUUCACCCAACUUAAAGAAUGCAUUGUAAUCAUUUUCUUUUUGCUAUAUACCUUAUUAAGACUUACAAUUCUUUACCUCUUGUUGAAGUUAUCACUAUGUAAAAUUAUGCAAAUAAAUAAUAAGUAAAAAGAAA